UUACAGGCAACAAUGGCGCGCAGAAUGGAAAACGACGAGCAAGGUUAUGAUGACAGGCGUUUUGAAGGACAAGUCAGACAAGAUCUACUUUGUUCGAUUUGUCAUGGAGUGCUCAGAAACCCAAGAACCUGUCAUAAUAAAGAACAUCCAUUUUGUCUUUCUUGUAUAACACAACAUCUUCGUAAUUCGCACACAUGCCCUGAAUGUAGGGAACAUCUGACUCCGGAAACCCUCAAAGAUCCACCCAGAUUUUUAAAGAACAUUCUUUCAGAGCUAAAAAUCAAGUGCGAGUACAAUGCGAGAGGCUGCCCUGGCUGCGUUCUGCUUGGGAAUUUACAAAAUCAUGUCGAUCGAUGUGGGUUCGCGCCCGUUAUGUGUGGAAAUGAAGGAUGUGGGACGGUAGUCAAUAAAAGAGAUAAAGAAAACCAUGAGAGAGAUCUUUGCCAGUUUAGAAUCCCCAAAUGUCACGACUGCAGAGAUAUUAAAGGGGGACAAGCUGAAAUAAAAGUUCAAAUUAUUGAGAUUGAAAGAAAACAAGAUCAAAUCAAGGUACGACAGGAUUUUUUCUACACAUUUUUACGGAUCUGACCCGACUGAACCAUCGCACCAAAAAAUCAUAUCGAUACCACAUCUAGCUACAUUUGUGGAUGUUUGCAAUAAAUUUGUUCCAAUUUUAAUUUAAGCAACCAAUUUACGCUUUUAGUAAUUGUUAUAGAGAGAACUGGACUGGGUGUUCAACUAAAAUCAGAAUUGUCAUUUGUAAACAAUCAUGCAAAACCAUGUCGGAUAAUAUGAAACUAGUUUUUCAUAUCUCUAACUAUGGUUCUGAAAUAGAACACUGGGCGUCUUCUAAGACAAGCGUUGAGUCGUUGCGAAAAUAUUUCUACCAAUCCCCGUUGACUCGAUAGCUCAAUGGCAAGUUGGAAUGUUCGAAUCCCGCUUCAUGGGAUAACGAAUUUUUCGUUUCAUGUUCUCUGCAGUGUCAGAAUAAUAUGAAACUAUGUAAUGUGAUCGUCAACAAAAUUUCAGUGAGAUUCGUAAUAGGUUUUUAGGGCGAUUUCUAUGAAUUUAUUUUUAUAUUUUAACAGAUUAUAUGGUUUUAUAAAAGAGAUCAUUUAUCAUUAACACUUAUAAUUCAGGAAAAUGUUGACGGAAUGAAAGCAAAACAUGAUGAAAUGAAAGCUAAAAUCACUGGAGUGGAAAGGAAAGUAGUCCAAAUUAAGGUAAGACAAGACUGAUCAUAUUUCUAUUCUCGAUAUAGGUUUGCACGGCGAUCAGUAUUCUUGUUCCAGUUUCCAUAAAUGGUCCUUCAGGGGUAAAAUGGGGACUGGCAUUUGCCUAUGUUUGGACUGGGGAAAAUAGGAUUUGGGUUGCAUGGACUGCAAAUAUACGAGAGAUACAAAAAUUGGAAUGUGAAAA